AUGUCGAAGCCGGCGUUUAUGUUUUAUUUGGAUAUGGUCCACGACGUCCUCAGCCUCGGCAUCUUCCUUGCCUUCAUGUUGAUCUUUUUCUUCACCCAGCCCUCCAGAUUGCCGCUCUACAUGACAGCAGACAUUCUCCACGUCUCCAAGGCGCUUUACCGCCGCGUCCUUUCCUUCCGCAAGUACAGGGCCCUCUCCAAAAACCUCGAUUCCAGGUUCCCGGACGCAACAGCAGAAGAGCUGGAAGCAGCAGACACCUGCAUCAUCUGUAGAGACACCCUGGCCCCUGGCAGCAAAAAGCUGCCCUGCAGCCACAUAUUCCACAUUGACUGUCUCAGGUCAGCAGCAGCAGCAGCAGCAGCAGCAGGAGCAGCAGUAGCAGCAGCAGUAGCAGUACCAGCAGCAGUGGCACCGGCAGCAGUGAAGUAG